UCUCUUAUGCCCUACCGCUAUUUCCUGCUUGUUACAGGGAAGGAGCCUCGUUCAGCAAGUGCCUGAUGUACAACCAGAGCGAUGUGACGGACUUCGGCGGCAGCAGGGAACCUGUGAAGUGCCAGCACGGCUGGGAGUACGACGACACGUGGUUCUCCCUGACGGUGACGUCACAGAUGAACUGGGUCUGCGACAACCGGCAGGCCGUCAAUGACGUCUUGUUCUACUCACAGGUUAUUGGAGUGGCGCUGGGGUUACUGUUUGGCUAUAUAGGCGACAUGUACGGCCGACGCCCCCAGCAGCUGCUGUGCCUGUCAGCCCACGUGGUCAGCAGAGUGCUGGUCGUCCUCGCUCCACACGUGCUGCCCCUCUUCAUCCUGGCAGAAUCCCUCGUGUCAGCUGCGGCUGGGCCUUUGACAGAAUCUGUCUUGUCUGUUGGUUUGGAGCUAACUGAUAUCAAGCACCGCACUGCAGUCAACCGCUAUGGGUGCUGCAGCAUGGCCGUUGGAAUGAUGCUUGCUGGUCUGGUGUCUUGGGGGCUGCCCAAUUGGAACUAUUCCCUCUCGUUUACUGCCCUCAGUUGUUUUAUACUAUUCUUCUUCUUCAGUUGGUUCCCCGAGUCUCCACGCUGGCUGGCGUGCAGGGGUCGCGAGCAGGAGGCGCUGGCUGUUCUGCGUCGCAUAGCAGCCACCAACGGCUCCACGGUGCCUCCGUUCGCCUUGCAGGUGAUCCAGACCGUGGGCAAGAGCAAGACAGACAGGAGGGGCUUCCUCGGCAUCUUCUCCAGCUGGAACGUCUUCAGGAACACAGUAAUCCUCAUUGUUGCCAGGUCGGUAUACCUGCUGACAAUGUACUCACCGGUGAUAGCAGUGAGCCGACUGAGCGCGAACCCUUUCCUGGGGAUAGUGGCGCAGGGGGCGGCAACGUUCACUGCAUACUACCUGGUGAACUACUUUGGAGCGAGGUUCGGUCGCCGUUGGCCCGGCGUGGCCAGUGCACUCUUGGCUGCAAUGGUCUGCGUCCUCAUCUUCUGCCUGCUGACUGGUGAGCUGCGACCAUUCUCUCUGAUGAUUUAG